AUGUCUUAUAUUCUACAACCUCAUAAUAUAAACAAUGGAGCUCUUAUGAAUCAACAGUUCAAUAGAGGUAUCUAUGGUAGUAAUGUUGAGAUGACUGGUGGUGAUUUAUUAGGUUCUCUUUUUGGUCUUGCAAACAAAUUAAUGGGUGAAAUAUUACGAAAUGGUCCUGAUCUUAUGGGUCGAUCGCCAAUUGCAGGUUUAGAUGCAGCUGCUCAUCAUCCACAAGUAUUUGGUGUAAGUGCAAUGAAUGUAACACAAAUAACACGUGGACCUGAUGGACGACCACAUAUUGUACAAGCACAUAAUGAACGUCGAAUGGGACCAGGUGGUAUUUGGCAAACAAAAAAAGCAUUACGUGAUCCAGAUCGUGGUAUUGAAAAAGUAGAAAUUGGCUAUUUUGUUGGUGAUUGUGGCGAAAUUAUUGAACGUCGAUUAGAUCGUGGUACAGGACAAUAUCAUGAAAUUCAACGACGUGGAAUUACUCCUAAUGAUCAUAAUUUUGCACCUCAAUGUCAAGUACAUUCUCAAGUACCUAUGAUGCAACAACCUCCAUCAACUUAUCAACCAUAUUCAUAUUAUCCACAACAACAACAACAGCAGCAGCAGCAAUGUCCAUAUCAUUCACAGCAAUUACAACAGCAGGCAGCUUCACCGUAUGCAAAGCAACUACAACAGCAAGCAGUCUCACCGUAUGCAAAGCAACUACAACAGCAAGCAGUUUCGCCGUAUGCAAAGCAAUUACAACAGCAAGCAGCUUCACCUUAUGCAAAGCAACCAAUAUCAACUCUUCCACCUCGUAUACAAAAACCACAGCAAGCUCUUCCAACGCCUUCACCGUAUUCAUACAUAUAA